AUGGCGACGAGUAACUUGCAAUUCCAGCAGCGGACCGAAUCUACAAUUCAGAACCUGCAAACACGGAUUGGCCAGUUGGCAACAUCAAUUAGUCAGGUUCAACCUCAAAAUUCCAGCAGUUUUAUUCCUUCUCAAAUAGUUCCAAAUCCAAAAGGGAAUGCAAAUGUCAGCGUUAUAUCUCUGAAGUCAGGCAAGCAACUAAAUGAGCCCCAGCAAGCUACAGUUGAGGAUGAACUAGCAUUGGAAAAAAAUAAGACAGCGCAAGAGAAGAAAAAAUUUGAUAAUGAACCUGAGUUCUCCGUUCCGCUUCCCUUCCCUCAAAGAGCCAUCAAUUCCAGGAAAUUGGCAGAAAUAGCACAAGAGAAGGAGAUGCUAGACACAUUCAGGAAGGUUGAAGUUAACAUUCCUCUCUUAGAUGCGAUCAAGCAGAUUCUAAAAUAUGUCAAAUUCCUAAAAGAAUUAUGCAUCAAUAAGAGGCGACUAAAGGGGGACGAGCUAGUUAGCGUGAGCCGCAAUGUAUCAGCCCUCACCCAACCCAUGCCUGAGAAAUGCAAAGACCCAGGUACAUUUACUAUUCCCUGCAUUAUUGGAAGUUGUAUAUUUGAUGAUUGCAUGCUAGAUUUAGGUGAUUCCAUUAAUGUCAUGCCUGAGUCUAUUUAUAAGUCCCUUGGUCUUGGUCCUUUGCGUGCUACUGGUGUUGUUAUCCAGUUAGCCAAUAGGAGCAAUGCUCACCCUUCUGGUUUAAUUGAAAAUGUUUUAGUCAGAGUUAAUAACCUGAUAUUUCCUACUGACUUUUACAUUUUAGAUAUGGAGGGUGAGUCUCCUAGUAGUAAGCCCCCAAUCAUACUUGGGAGGCCCUUUUUGUAA